AUCGGAAACAAUCGUUAACCAUCGUAUGCCGUCACCGUACAAUUCUGUACGCCGCGCGAUGUCAUCGUGGCACCGUCGUUGUGUAUACGGUGAGUUAUAAUAUAUAUAAUAUAUAUAAUACCUAUCGCCAAAUAAAUCAUAAUAUACACGCAUUCCUAUACUAUUUCAGUCAAAUUAACGGGCAACAUAGAAAAAUUACAUUACUUAAAAGAUAAUUGUAGCGUUUAUUCAAAUUAAAACAGAGCAUUUAUACGAGAAUAUAUGUGUACGCGGUAGGACCGUUAAAAAAAAAUGUUAUCGAUAUUUUGUUCUCUACGUAUAUUGUACAUCAUGUGUAUCGGUAGUAGCGAGAUUGACAGGUGGGUGAGUGGAUAAAAUGGUACCGAUAAUCGGGAAAGGAACACAUGCGCAAAAACAGACGAAUUUUCGUCCGCUACUGUGUAUGCUCUUAAGUUGGAAAGGGUAUGAUUAUACUAUACUAAAAUAAUUGUGAAUCGUGUCAAAAAAAAAGAGCAUAACCAAGAAAGGGUUGGUUGCAAAACCAAUUUUAUCUUCUAAAAUUAAUUCUCGCCGUCAGAUAAACUUUAUAGAUAUACAAGUACAAUGAAUAUAAGUUUAUAUUGGUUUACCAGGACCAUUUUACAAAAUAUGUACUAGGUACUUCAUUUGUUAAAACAAAAACAUACCGAAGAAAUAGCAUACGUAUUACUAGAUAUUUUCACAACUUUCGGAACAUCAGCAAUUUUACAAUUUGAUAAUGGUUGAGAAUUUCAAAUCAGAUUGUAACUGAAAUAUGUGCAAUAUAUUCAGAACUAGUUAAUAAGUUCUUAAUAAACCUCGUCACUAACAGAGCCGUACGAGCUAACCAGGAUAUUGAAAAUAUCAUUGCUACUUAAUUGCAACAAGAUUACCGUAAUAAAUAUAGGACUGAGGAAAUACAAUUUAUCUGUAUAAUCAUCUAUUUCUUUGUAGAAUUAUUUGGAUUUGAUGUAACUUUAUGAGAUACUUCACUGCUAUUUAGUGUUAUAAUAACGGCUAUUUGCCAUUUGGAGCUUUCGGUUUAAACAACAUUACUCCUUUAAUAUCCGGGGUAUAGGCAAUUCAAACGACACAAUACCAUGACACUCAUUUUUUAUCGAAACUGUCCCCAGACUGAGGUCCCCUAAUUUCACAAAAGUAAAUUAAAUAAUUAGUAUCCAGUUAGUAUCAUCGUAAACUCGUAAACAUACUUAUCAAUCGUCCAGAAAUCAAAAUUAGGCGCUUAUAAUUGUUAAUUUUAAUAUUGAAAAAUUAAAAAACUGAAAUGAUUUUUUAAUUUCCAAAACACCCAAUCCAAAUAUGCAAUUGGAUACUCUAAAUAUUUUUUUACUCAAGUUAUAAUGAUUGUAAUGAAGCGUUUGUUUUAUUCUAUCAUUAAUUUUCUGAACUUAAUACUUUAUACUUCUUUUUCACCUUUCAAAUUAAUGUUGUAGAGCAAAUUCUUAGCUACACGACUCCAUAAUUGAUGUUUGCAGCUAGUUAGAACUGCAUCGUAUGAAUAUUAAAUGCAAUCUUUGACAGAUAUUAAAAUCUACCUAUCAUUUUUAGAUUAUAUGAAGUAUAAAUUGUGAUAAGAUACAUGUAAACGUGUUAGUAUUUCAGCAUUUGGCUUGUACAUUUGCCCAGUAUAGCUUAUGGUGUAUUUAGACAUUAAAUAUUAAACUCUAAACAUUACUUCAAACUGAUCAAGUUAAUUACUUUGGUCUCAUUUUUUACAAACGCCUUACUUGGAAACACCACAUUACCGAUAAAUGUAUACAAUUAAAUUCUAGACUUCAUUUACUUUGUCCUCUCCUACGUUCAAAACUUAAUAUCAAAUCCAAAAUUAUUUUAUACAAAACUUUACUCUUCCCUUUAUGGUAUCCGAAUCUGGGGCUGUGCUGCUCCUUAUAGCAUUAAAAAAAUCCAAUCGUUUCAAUCCAUUUGUCUAUGUAUAGUAUACAAUACGUAUACAAU